AUGGGGCUCCGAGGAAGCAGACCCGAAGCUGCGGGAUCCACCGGGGCAAGGAGGAACCUUCCGCCGAGCCCGCCCCGGCUCUUCCGGCGGCACCGGGAGGAGGAGCCGCUGCCGGUGGAGGUGACCGGGGCUAUGCGGAUGCUGAGCCCGGCCGCGCUGGUGACACUGGUGAGAGCGGCGGCGGGGGGGGGUGUCCGCCGGUGCCGGGCCCCCCCGGCCGGGCCGCGCAUCCCCGCGGUGCGGCGGAGCUCGGGCGCCCCGCAGCCGGUGGUCGCCGCUAAAGAGCCGUUCCCGGUGGAGCUGAAGGCGGGCAAGACGUACGCGUGGUGCUCCUGCGGGCACAGCAAGCGCCAGCCGUUCUGCGACGGCGCCCACAAGAAGGCGGCGCCGGGGCUGUCCCCGCUGCGCUUCACCCCGGCGGAGGACGCGCUGGUCUGGCUCUGCGGGUGCAAACGCACCCGGACCCCCCCGUACUGCGACGGCACCCACAAGGAGGAGGCGGUGCAGGGGGCUCCGCUCCCCCCUCGGCCCUGACCCGCUGCACCGCGCUCAGCUCGGGGCCGCCGGGAUGCUCAGCCCGCUCCCAGUGUGGAUAACGAGAGGGGAGGAGAUGCUGAGCUCCCACCGCAACCAACCGCUGAGAGCGGCAGGAAACCAGCCUCAUCCCCCGCCCGGGGGCAGCAGUUUUGCCUUCAGCCCCACUGAGGAAUAAUCCAGUGGAUAACGGGACUUCCCAGAGUGGUUUUCAUAGAAUCAACCAGGUUGGAAAAGACCUUUAAGAUCAUCAAGUCCAACCGUUCCCCAGCACUGAGCCUUAUUGAUCAUACAAUCAUACACAGCCCAUUGAUCCAGAUCCCUCUGCAGAGCCUUCCUUCCCUUCAGCACAUCAACACUCCCACCCAACCGAGUGUGCACUUGCUCCCCUCAUCCAGAUCAUCAUUAAACAAGCCUGGCCCCAACACCAAGCCCUGGGGGACCCCAAGAGUGACCAGGAUGCAGGACAGAGGAACCGGGUGGCUGCAGUUGUACAGGCAGAUGGAGGGAACGACAGUUCUGCAGCAUUUAUUACAUUUACAAAGCUGUAUAGUUAUACAAAUGUUUAACCAAUAACAAUAUAUGAAUAUCCGAAUAUAUUACAAGACAUUAAAACGUCGUACAGGAUGCAAACAUACAGAGCAGUUUGGUUUGUACCAUAUAGGAAAGAACAGAAAACAAAACACCCCCCGCCCCGAGCCCCCCACAAGCCCCGACCGAGGCACCUCAGCUGCCUCCCUCAGUCCAUUCUGACCUAUUUACAAGGAGAAAAGGGGUGUCAAAGUCAAGACAAACAGAGCCCCCCAACACGCUUCGAGCCCCCCAUCCAGCCCCAGCUUGGGGAUGGGGGAGAGGAACAGAAGAAGCCCCAAUGGGGACCCUUCCCAAGCCCAUUCCCAGUGCCCAGAGCCCAGGGCUGGGCUGCAGCGAUGGUGCUGCUGUCCCAUCCGUGAUGGGGGUGCAGUACUUCGAACAAAUGACUUAAAAGAUAACAAUACUUAAGAAACACACUAACGACAUCCCACAUUUCCUGACCUUUGGAGUUGGGCUGUUCAGACAAUUCCCGUGCCGCUUUGCCUUUGGUCCUCACUGUGCCGCUGUGGGGGUGCUGGCUGGGUGCUGCAGGCACUUGCUUGUUUUAUGUCCUAUGUCCCCCUCCCCAGCAAGGGCAGGAAUAACCCCCCGGCUCUGUGCUCCUGGGGCUCGUGUGCUUUUUAAUGGUCCAUGUAGAACGUUGGUCCCUUCCCUGGUGCCGCUCCACUGCCGCCAAUGCACGGCAGCACCUUCCCACCGUCGCCCCUCACCGAAGCCUCCUGGCUAAAGGCACUGUACUCUAUAGUUUCUUUAUGUAAAAACCCGAUGUGGGGGCAGGAGGAGAGGGUGGGAAGGAUGAGGGCAAGGGGAGAACACAAAGAAAAGCUUUGAAAUGCAGCGUUGAAGCUGUGGGGAGCCAGUCGUGGGGUGGUUUGAAGCUCCUGGGUCCCACAAAGACUCAUGAAGCGCUGCCAAAACAGCCCCCAAUGGUUUAGAUGCCCCCAAGCCAAAAUCUGUGUUGGCACCAAGUGCUGUUCCAGGGAUGAGGCAGCAAUAUCUAGUGGGGCUUGUGCUCCUGCCCCUGGCGUGGUUGGCCCCUUCACCACCGAGAUGCAUGGAAAAACCCACCCAACCUACUUACUGUGCGUGAAGGGAAACGUCUGCAUGAGGCUUCACGAGGGCAGAGCCUGAAACUCCAUCCAGAGACCACAUGGGGAGAGCAGAUAAAGGAACAGGGAGGUGCUGGGCAAGGCAAAGCCGGGGGGGCAACGCCGGCAAGCGAUGCUCGAUGCCAACAAAUGGACCCAGGGCACCCCGUUAUCAAACCUGGGGCUAAAAACAGAAAUAAACACAAACAUAGCAAUAAACCACCGGGCACAAGGGGGCUGGAGGGGCAGUUUUUGGCUUCUGUGCUUGGCCUUUACCUGUGCUUCACCCUUACCUGUGCAGCUGCGAGUCCCCCCCUGCUCACGGCCCCGUUGAGGGGAGAGGGAUGGAGAGGAAAGAGAAAAGUGGUAGGGAAACUGAGCAAGGAAGGCAGCAGUGGCUCCCAGCUCUGUCAUGCAGCUACAUAAGUUAAACCCAAAUGAAAAUGAAAGGAAAAAAGAGGGGGAAAAACAACAAAAAAAAAAAAUCAUUUAAAAAUAUUCAACCACCUUUAUGUGUCUUAUUUGCACUUUAAAUUAAUCUGGUCGACCGAUAGAAAAUAA